AUGACUGAGGAGGACGACAACUGUGAUGAAUUCUUGUUAGAAGCAAUGAUUUGUUCGAUUUGUUUUACGAUAUUUGAUGAGCCGAAACAGCUACAAUGUGGUCAUUCAUUUUGUGCCUUAUGUAUCGAUCAGCUGUGUAAGGAUGUGGGACAGGAAUAUACCUGUCCCUUAUGUCGUGCACAUUUUACAAUUCCACCAGUGAUCAAUUAUUCCUUAAAAGGCCUUGUAUCUCGGAUAAAAGAAAGAGAUGCUAUGAUUAAACAUUGUCAGCAGUGUUUGAGAAUUACAAAACCAGAAGAUCAAUAUUGCUGUGAUGAUUGCGAUCAUAUUGAUAGAAUAGAGCACGUUCGUUGCGGUUUGUGUGUAAUAAAUGGUCAUGCUAAGAUGGGUCACACUGUAUCAAAGUAUGGCGAAUCAAAGGAACGAGUUAAAACAGCUCGGCAAAUACUUCAAGAAAUGGUCACUGAAUCUCUACAAAUUUUGAAUGAAUGUCAAAAAUUGGUGACUGAUCGUAUCAGUUGUAUUGAGGAUUUGUUUAAGUUAUUGGAGGAGCAGCGUGCACAGUUUCAAGCAUUAGAAAUAUCACUGAAUAAUGAUGAAUUUAUAUCAAAAAACGAUAUUGAUAUGAAAUUAGAACACGCUCGACGAUUGCGUGAAAUUUACACGCGAACUACAUCCGAAUUUGCUACACUGAUGAAUACUAUGUUCAGCAAAAUUGCAGCAAUAACAGAAAGGACAGGCGUGGAAUUGGCAAGUCAAACUGCAUAUAAAGAUGUAGCUGACAAAAAUGAAUUUACUACACAAUCCGCGCAAGAGCAAACACAAUCAUGGUUUGAAUAUCAGCGAAAUGGACGUGUUAGUGCAUUAUGCUCAGUUAUAGCACGCAGAAAUGCUGCUAUAGCUCGACGUCAUCUCAUAACGUUCAGUGAGAGCUCUGAUUCUGAACUAAGUAUGGAUAUGACGUCAUCAUCAUCGUCUACAGCAUCUUUCACAUCUUUACCCAUAUCAAAUAAUCAGGCUAUCUUAGCUCAUCAAACUUGA